AUGCGUGAUCGCACUGCCAUGGACAAACGGGACGAAGAGAUACUGGAGCUGAAGCAGAAGCUAAUCGACCUGAUGAAGGAGAAUAAUGAAAUGAAAGAGCUGGUGCUCUUCCUUGACGAGGAGCGAAAUUUUGCGCGACAGUUUAUGCGGGACGUCAACAGUAAACAAUCGCUAAAUUGGAACUCACUCAAGCAGAAGCUCGCCUACCUCGAACAGAAACAAUUCGAGCUUAUUCGGGAGAACUAUUCACUCAAACAGCUUUGUGUUCUUUUGGACGAGAACGCCGCAACGCCGCAGGUGUUUCAAAGUUCAGCAGAUAAGUCGACGAAUCAGGUGACCGGAAAGGCUACCUCCGUCUGUCAGUACAUACUUCACCUGGAGAAUGAACUUCGAAUGCGCGGCACCAAUCUCAACCGUCCGAAGCACAUCUCAGAGGCCCUGCAGCUGCACAGUCUGACCAAUGGUGCCAAUGGUGGCGGCAGUUCGUCGGUCAGCUCAGCCGAGGAGAAGUGCAUUCUGGAGAUGCUCAGUGAGACGGCCAUCAAGACGAUAUUGAAUCGAUGA